UCUACUGUCCAGAAUUCAUCAACAUAGUAAAAAUUUAUUCAUUAUGUUUGGAACUGGAAUGGUGAUAAUGAUUGAUACUGAAAUAUUGUACAUAGUGGGCGUUUCCGCUAUUGGUGCUGUUUCUCUUGCAUAUGUUUUCUUUGGUUUCUCGUCAGAUUCAUCUAAAAAAAAAUUAUAUAUUCGUGGAUUGAGAAAUGUCAAAAAUAAUUGUUUCAUCAAUUCAAUAUUGCAAUCAUUGGCCAGUAGUGAUUCAAUGGUUAACUGGCUGAGUACAACAGCUAACGCCAAAUUAAAGACCGAUUCUAAUCUCAUCCGACAAUUAUCCUUUAUUGUUGAUAGAAUCAAUAAUAAAAUUGACUGUGAUAGUCCUGAAGUACUCACUCCUGAAGGUGUUCUAGAUUCUCUACGAAAACAUCGUUGGAUGUUUUCUGCAGACGAACAGGAUGCUUUCGAGCUAUUCAGCGUCCUGCUUUCAACGAUCGAUUUUGAAUCUAAUCAAUUAUCACUAGCAUUAUCGAUCCGAGAUAGUGUUCAAUCGAAUCAUUGUGAUCAUAAUAGUGUGGAUGAGCUUAAUAAUAAAAUCAAAUUGAUCACUCGAGUCCGUAAUCCAAUGGAAUCGAUGACGAAAAUCCCAAUGAAUUCAAAGAAUUUAUUACCCACUCGAGGCAUUCUGUCAAAUCAUUUAAAAUGUCAAAACUGUCAUCACAGUUAUCCGAUACAUCUCGAUAUUUUCAAUUCAAUAUCGUUAAGUCUUCCUUCAUCGUCAUCACUUCAAAUUGGAACAUCCAUUUCACUGGAAAUGUGUUUGAAUAAGUUCAUACGUGAAGAAGAAAUUGAAGAUUUUUCUUGUCAAUAUUGUAAUAAAAAAUCAACAUUCUCCAAACGAAUAGAAUUAAUAAAGCUACCUCGAUUACUUUGUUUUCAUGUUCAUCGUUUAGUUUGGUUGGAAGGCAAUCAAUCCAAAAGGGUCGAUCACAUAAAAUUUCCUGAAGUUUUAAUUAUGGAUCCAUUCAAACAUAAUUCAAUAAAACUGAAAAAUCGUGAACAAACAAAAUCUGUUGGUGAUAACGAAAAGCAACAAAUGAUCCACGAAGGAAUUUCUGCUCAAUACAUUUAUAUAUUAAAUUCUGUUAUUGUUCAUUUGGGUAAUGAUCAUUCUGGUCAUUUUGUCUGUUAUCGAAGAUCGAAAUCGCCCACCACCAUUAAUUGCAACAAUAGUCGUUCAAAAACCAAAUGGUAUUAUACAUCCGAUCUUGUUGUCAAAGAAGUUAGUAAAAAAGAAGUGUUUGCAAGCUGUGCUUACAUGUUGUUCUAUGAGAAAACCAAAAAAGAAUAAAUAUUUGAUAAUAAUCAAUGUUAAGAUUACAAAAUACAAUAUUUUUCAAAUAAAG